AUGCCGAUUUCAGAGCUCGAAAAGAAAUGGACUGGUCUCAAUUUCGAGAUUGCCGCAGAAGAAAUGCGGCGUUUGAAGUCAACUCCUUCUGAAAGAGAGCAAAUGAAAUUGUACGGACUGUACAAACAAGCACUUCAUGGAGAUAUUCCCAAUGAAGACAUCUAUCCAGUUCCAGCUGGAAAUGAACUUGGAAUGAAGAAAUAUGCUGCGUGGAAAGCUCAAAAAGGGCUCAACUCGGAAAAAUGUCGCCAGGAUUAUGUUACAAUCGCCGAGGAAAUGAUAAAGAAAUACGGACGAAACAUUGUUCGUUGUAAGUGGAACAGCGAAGUUUGGUCAGUGGACUAUUAA